AUGGACCACUGCUCCUUCUCCAUCCAGCCUCCGAGGACUCUGGGUAUCAACGCAGACGGUCAAGGGAUCCCAGGUAAAUAUGUUUACCAGCCCAUGACCAGUGUGUGCCAGCUGCCGAGCACGGCGGUACCCUCUGACCCCUCUGAGUCCCCAGCCACCAUGAACCUGUCUGUCUCCCUCACCGAACGCUUCCUGAAGAUCGCCCCCUGCUUCCAGUCCCCGCCGUACCUUCAGUCGCCCAAAUACUGUGUCAUAGCAGACCUCUUCAUCGACGACUACAUCGUCAAACGCAUCAACGGGAAGAUGUACAAGCCCCACCACCCCAGCCCUGUAGACAAGCCCCACCACCCCAGCCCUGUAGACAAGCCCCACCACCCCAGCCCUGUAGACAAGCUGAAAGGCCCCAAGAUGGACCACUGCUCCUCUCCAUCCAGCUCCGAGGACUCUGGGAUCAACGCGUUAGGUCUGCACUACCUGGAAUCCUGUGAGUCAGAGUCAGAGGAUCAGAAUGAGGAGUUAAGCACCGAUGGAGAUGGGAAAUCUAGCCUCUGUAGUCUCUGGGACCAGGAUGAGACCUCUCUGCUGUCUCCCUCUAAGUCCAUGGUGGAGAUCAUCGAGAAGAUAGAGACCACUGUGUGA